GUCAAUGACAGAAUGGUAUGAGUUAUAUAACCUUGAGUAAGACUCUGAAAUAUUGAAGAAAUCAGCUUCUGAUAAACAGCAGCUUCUCGGCUGAGAGAUUUGCUUCCCUUCUGCUCCUCUCUGACAUAUCAUGAGCAAGGGAGGUCACUGACAGAAUGGGAUGGGUUAUAUAGCAGUCCCUUGAGUAAGACACUCUGAGAUAUUGAAGAAAUCAGCUUCUGAUAAACAGCAGCUCCUCGGCCAAGAGUUUUGCUGCACUUCUGCUCCUGUACUCCUGAUGAUAAACAUGGUUUUCACUGAUCCCGUCUCAAUAGUCCUAUCCAUUAUUCUAUGUCUAUGUUUGAUAAGAAUUAUUUAUGACUGGGAUAGAAAUGUUAACACAAAUUUCCCUCCUGGACCAAUGGCUGUACCAUUUAUUGGACAUUUGCAUCUAAUAAAUAAGAAUGAACCCUUUAAAAAUAUUAUGGAGCUAUCUGAAAAGUAUGGGCCUGUGUUCACCACCCAAUUGGGAACCAAAAAGUAUGUUGUCCUCUGUGGAUAUGAAACACUGAAGGAAGCUCUAGUGAAUUAUGCUGAUGAGUUUUCCUGGAGAAGUGAAAUUCCAAUUUUUGAUGAAAUAGCUAAGGGACACGGUGUUCUUUUUGCCAACGGGGAGAAUUGGAAAGUCAUGAGGAGAUUUACUCUUUCAACAUUACGAGAUUUUGGAAUGGGAAAACAAUAUCUAGAAGAAAAGAUUAAUAAAGAAAAUGAUUCCUUAAUUCAGAAGAUUGAGUCUUUUAGUGGACAACCAUUUGAGAACACCAUGACCAUGAAUGCUGCUGUUGCCAACAUAAUUGUAUCUAUAUUACUUGAUCAUCGAUAUGAUUAUGAGGAUCCUGUAUUUCUCAGACUUAUGGAAAUAAUACAUGAAAUAAUGAAGCUUUUGGGCCAUCCAAUGAUUAUAUUGUACAAUGCAUACCCAUCCCUGUUUCGCUGGAUACCUGGAGUUCACAAAACAAUUAAGAAAAAUAUGAAUGAGUAUCAUAAUUUUAUUAGAGAGACCUUUGCAAUACAAAGGGAGCAACUGGAUGCUAAUGACCAGAGGAACCUUAUUGAUGUAUUUCUUGUUAAACAAGAGGAAGAAAAGCUUCAUGGAAAAUAUUUCAGCAAUGAAAAUCUAGUGCAUCUUGUGAGUGAUUUAUUUGCUGCUGGAAUGGAGACAACAUCCACGACUCUGCGCUGGGGUUUUCUGAUUAUGAUGAAAUACUCAGAAAUACAAAAAAAUGUACAAAAUGAAAUUGAAAAAGUGAUCGGAUCUGCCCAGCCUCAAAUGAAACACCGUAAAAAAAUGCCGUAUACUGACGCUGUAAUUCACGAAAUUCAAAGAUUUGGUAGCAUUGCAGUAAUCACUAGUCCACGUGAAAUUAGUCAUGAUGUUGUUUUAAAAGGUUAUUUUCUACCAAAGGGAACCAACGUUCUUCUUAUGUUGGCAUCUGCAUUAAAAGAUAAGGAUUACUUUGAAAAGCCAGACGAGUUUUAUCCUCAACACUUUCUUGACUCUGAGGGAAAUUUUGUAAAAAACAAUGCAUUUAUACCUUUUUCAGCAGGUCGGAGAGCAUGCGUUGGAGAAAAUUUUGCCAAAAUGGAGAUUUUCCUGUUCUUCACAAGGCUGCUGCAAAAAUUCACAUUUCAGCUUCCUCCAGGUGUUUCAGAUGUUGAUUUUUCCCCUGCGCUUGGACUUACCAGGGGGCCUAAGCCGUAUUUCAUGUGUGCUGUGCCUCGCUUUUAGAAUAUGUUAAUAAAUGGGAUCAGAGAUUAAGAUUGAAAGUUUUGUAAACAUUAAAAAACACACAAUUAAUAUAA